AUGGAAGAAAAUUACGACGUUAUUGUUCUAGGAACCGGUUUGACCGAGUGCAUUCUUAGUGGCCUUUUGUCAGUCGAUGGAAAGAAGGUUCUUCACAUAGACAGACAGCAAUUCUAUGGAGGUGAAAGCGCCUCAUUGACCUUGAGUCAAGUCUACAAUAAAUUUAAGCCAAACAAAACUGCAGCUGAAAGUUUGGGAAAAGAUAGAGAUUGGUGCAUUGACUUAAUUCCUAAGUUUUUGAUGGCGAAUGGAGAACUGACAAAUAUCCUGGUUCACACUGACGUUACAAGGUACAUUGAGUUCAAGCAGAUUAGUGGAUCAUUCGUAUACAGGGAUGGACGCAUUGCUAAAGUGCCUUCCAAUGAAAUGGAAGCCAUCAAAUCUUCUUUAAUGGGCUUUUUUGAGAAGAGAAGAAUGAAGUCAUUUUUGGAGUUCAUUACUAAUUACAAAGAAGAAGAAGUUGGAACCCAUAAGGGCCUGGACCUAGAUAAGAACACAAUGGACGAAGUGUACUACAAGUAUGGGCUUGAAAAAGGUACGAAAGAUUUUAUUGGUCACGCUAUGGCACUUUGGCCUAAUGAUGACUACCUGAGAGAACCUGCUAGAGAAACUUAUGAUAGAAUUAUCCUCUACUUACACUCUGUUGCUCGUUUUGGUAAAUCUCCGUACAUUUAUCCAUUGUACGGAUUGGGAGAACUUCCGCAAGGUUUUGCUAGACUAUCGGCAAUCUAUGGAGGUACUUACAUGCUAGAUACCCCAAUUGAAGAGGUUUUCUAUGAUGAUGAUGGAAAGUUCACUGGAGUGAGAACCAAGGAGGGUGUUGCUAAGGCCCCUAUUGUCAUCGCUGACCCCACCUAUUUCCCUGAAAAGGUUAAAAAAGUUGGACAGAAAGUCAUCCGGGCCAUUUGUAUUUUAAACCAUCCAGUUCCAAAUACUCAUGAUACGGACUCUGCCCAGAUCAUCAUUCCACAGAACCAAAUCGGUCGAAAAAAUGACAUAUAUAUUGCUGUUGUGUCUCAUUCGCACAAUGUUACCGCUAAAAACCAAUAUUUGGCUAUCAUUUCAACCGUCAUCGAAACUGACAGGCCCCAUGUUGAGUUGGAACCAGCCUUCAAGCUUCUUGGACCUACUGAAGAUGUCCUGAUGGGCAUUGCUGAAUUGUACGAACCUUUAGAAGAUGGAUCUAACGAUCAUGUUUACCUUUCCCGUUCCUACGAUCCUUCUUCUCACUUUGAGACUACCACUGAUGACGUCAAAGAUUUGUACAGACGAGUAACUGGACACGACUUAGUACUCAAGAAGCGUAAGACUGUAGAGGAAGAGGAAUCCCUCGCCUGUGAGUAG